CCCUCGCCCCGAACCCUAUAAAUGUCAUCGCCUGUGGCCUAUUCCGAAACCCUAACUGCGCCGUUGCUCGUCGUCUCCCUCUCCAUUGAUUCCUCGCUCUCGUUCUCCGGCGCUUCUCUCUUCUCGAUUCUCUUGGCAGGAUGAAGGUCAUCGCCGCCUAUCUGCUUGCUGUUUUGAGUGGUAACACCAGCCCUUCUGCUGAGGAUCUAAAGUGCAUUCUGGAAUCAGUUGGAGCUGAAAUCGAUGAUGAUAGGAUUGAGUUCCUUCUUUCCGAAGUGAAAGGUAAGGACAUAACUGAGCUUAUUGCUGCUGGGAGGGAGAAGUUCGCCUCUGUGCCUUCUGGUGGUGGUGCUGCCGUAGCAGUGGCUGCCGCUGCAGGUGGCGGCGGUGGUGCUGCUGCAGCUCCGGCGGCAGCUGAGCCCAAGAAGGAAGAGAAAGUGGAGGAGAAGGAAGAGUCGGAUGACGAUAUGGGUUUCAGUUUGUUCGAUUAAGUCUUUCGCCAAUUUGGUUUUAUCUGCAAGAUGUUAGAAACAUUCUACUACUAUAGAGAUUUUGCUUUAUUUCCUGGUUCAAUUCUACUGAAACGUUGAGACAAUUAUGGAACUGUGUUUCGCACUGUAGUGAGUGGCAUGUAGGUGGUUCUUAUUUUCUGCGUGCUGUGUUGGAUGACAAUUUUUAGUUAUGCAAUUAUGAAUAUGUUUUACUAUCUA